AUGGAUGACGAUCCGUGUGAAUGUUUAUUCAACCAUGAAACCGCUAUGAGGCGUUUACUUUCAUUGUUACGGGAUUCACAAGGCUAUUGCACGGAUUCUGAAUGUGUUCAAGAUUUACCGGGUCCACAAGGUGCAGGUUUUGGUGCCAACAAUUUAAUGAUGAUUGUCAUUUUGUGGGCUAUACUUGCAGUUGCGAUGUUUCUUCUGCGUCCUAAUUCGAUGCGUUCAAGACCAGAUUCAUUGGGAAAACCGGGACCUCGUCCGGGUGGUGAUGCUCCUGAACCGCCAGCACCUAAUGUACAUUAA